AUCUAGAUCGCCUUCUAAAAUAUGGAAAGAUUCCUCAUUCUUGUGGCGAUAUUCCUUUGUUUCUCAAUAUCAACAACAGUUAGAUGUGAUGAAGAAUUUUCCAGAAUACUUGGAAGAUGUCCCAAAAACGCCCCAGACUUUGAUGACUGUAUGAAGGUGGCUUUUAACGAUCUUAAAGCUUACUUUUCAACAGGUAUUCCUGAAUACAACAUUGCCCCGUUUGACCCCCAUCAUUCGGACUAUGUGGAACAGAGACGAGGUGAUCGCAGCGGUUUGGGAGGAUUCAAGCUUAUUCUGAGGAACGUCUCCGAAUACGGGUGGUCGCGUUCUGAAGUAACUAAAUAUCGAACAGACAGAGAAAACAAUGGAAUUGUGUAUUCCCAACACUUCCCGGAGAAAAGCCUUGAAGGUUUCUAUGAGUUUUCUGGUAUGAUGUUGGGGAAAAAUUUAAAACGAGAAGGACCAUGGAAUAUGACUUUGUAUGACUAUAGCCAAACAACAAGCGUACAUCGCAUUGGAGAAGCCGGUGGACUGUUGAAAGUUCAUGUUGAAGUCGAUAGAAUCGGUGGGAUGGAGAUGCAUAUUGGAAAUAUUUUGAAUGAAGGACGGACAGUCCUAAAUAGUUUGGCCGACAAUGUUAUCAAUACCUCGUGGAAACUAGGUUUUCCAUUUAUAAAACCAUUGAUCAAUGAUCUUGUCAGUACAGCCUUCACUGAUAUUUUCAACGAAUCGUUUAGAAAUUUUCCGAUUGAUAAUUUUAUAAGAGAUAGUUGAUUUGUCUGUAUAUAAUAUACAGACAGACACUGUAGACAUUGACUGUAAAUAAUGACUGUAUUUUUAAAAUAAUAAAAGCUUUAUUAAGGAAUGUUAUUAUAAAUGUAAUUAAAUUUUUAAUAGUGAUUUUCUAAUUGUAUUUUUUUAAUAAAUCAAAUUUAAUAUUACAAAA